AUGGGGCGGCCCCCGAAAGACCUGGAGUCGCAUAAAGAACUCAUCCUGAGCCUUCUCAGCCAACGCACCGAGCAUGACGAGAUCCGACGAAUCCUGUCCAUUCAGCGCGGCCUCAAAAUUGGUGACAGUGUGCUUAGGAAGCACAUUAAGGCCUGGGGCAAGAGCCGUGGCGAUAUACCACCCUGCAGGGAUGAGAAGCUCCGCGAUAGCCUCAUCAUGUUCCUUUUUCUGAAGCAGAACGCAAAUGAGGAAGAGAUUUUGGUUCACCUGGAGUUUCAAGACCUGGCUGUAACUCCGAGGAAGCUUCGACGAUUGAGGAUAGACAUGGGGUUAAGAAGAAGACGCAAGUUGAAGGAUGCUCGGUUUCAAGAUGAGGAGAUUAUACGCAUCAUGAAGGAGCAUUUGAGCGAGGGUGUCAUUGGUGAUUGGGGCCUCACGCACCUCUACGCAUACUUCCGCCGCAAUAAUAUCAUUAUCUCAAGAGACGAUAUCAUGUACGGCUUGAGAGUCGUAGAUCCCGCGGGUGUCAGUCGUAGAUACCAGAAGAAACAGCAUAGAAGGAAGAAGUUCUUGGUAGAAGGCCCCAAUGCUAUUUGGUCACUUGACGCCCACUGCAAGGUAGAGAUCGUGGGCAUUCAGAUCUACGCCGUCAUUGAUGCCUACUCCCGCAAAAUCAUAUGGAUUUAUGUGGGGAUUUCCGCACGUACAGCUGUCAGUGUCGUCAAGCAAUUUCUGGAGUUCAUGAAAGAGCACAAGAUCAUGCCAGACAGGUUUCGUUCAGAUCGAGGUACCGAGACCAUUCUCAUUGCGGACGCAUUUCAUCAAUUGUGUGGAGCACAGGAGGACCGAUCAGAAGAGAACUGUGCUAUUGAUAAGUGCUGGAUGUUUGGUAAAAGCACCGCUAAUCAACGUAUUGAAGCAUGGUGGAUGCAAUUGCAGUCCUCUAUGCUGAAUCGCUGGGUAAUCUUCUUCGAUCUACUAAAGGAGGAAAAGCUCUUCAAAAAGGAUAAGCUUGCAGAUAUGGUUGCUGUGUACGCUAUCUAUAUGCCCUUGAUCCGAGAGGCUUGCUACGAGUUUGUUACCAACUGGAACGUACAUAAGAUUCGCGCACAAAAGAACCGCCCCCAUGUGACUGCCGGUAAGCCAUGGUUUCUAUACGCACAUCCCAGUGCACCAGCGGUGGAGUGCGGCAGCGUACCUGAUCCUUCGCUUGUUGAUACACUCCAUCAGGAAGUGGAAGCAUACGAUCUACAUGAGUACCUUCCUGCGGCAACAUUGGAAUGGUGUCAUGAGAGGAUGCGAUCGCUGGGUUUUGAUCCUGCUACUUUGACAGCAAAGGGUCUACUUAAGGAGGAGGGUUUGGGCAGACGAGCACAUGGCUAUGUCUUCGGACUUCUUAGGGGGGAGGUUCAACAACAUUUGAAUGCUGGUAACAAGGAUCCAAUCUUAUCAUUGAUAGAGACACCAAAGGGAGCCGGUUCUUGGAAACCUUCUGCGGAGGCUGAAAGAGCCUUCAAUGAUGCUCGAAGGGGUGAGGAGCCGGAAGAGUUCAUGGAUCACCUGACGGAUCAGCUGGACGAUGUUCUUGUGGAGUCAGACGAUAAGAAUUAUCCUUGGGAGGCCUAUGCAUCGGUCGACGAUGAGGAGGGUUGA